CACAUACGAAUAACCAGGGAACGAUUAUCACCGUUAGACGACCUACAACUAUCCAGCGCCUUUCUGCGACGAUAUCUACGCCAAAAAAGAUGGCCGACAGCCCAGAUGAGCCAUCGCAAAAUGCGCUGGCCUCGACAUUCCCCAACCCGCCGCCUUUCUGGAGAGACUUUACACCUGAGAACGUAGCUCGAUUAGAAGAGCUCCGGAAGGCUCAGGCAGAGAAGGAUGGCAUUGCCGUCAAGGACUUGCCGGCUCGCAUACCAAACACCCCCGAAGGCCUCAUGAAUCUACAACCACCGGCCGAGCCGCCAGCAGGAACAUGGAAAGUUUUGGGCGGAAACUAUACCCUCGACGACAAGCUUCCCUCUCUCGAGGAAGGUGAGAUCAAGCGACUGGUGCCAGCACAUUCAGAGGAGAAGGAUGGAAAGCAUCUCGAUCGAGCAUUCGAGCUCAAGAAGAUGGCCAAGUCUCUUCUGCUAAACUUUCUCGAGCUCGUUGCCGUCAUGGCUACGGUGCCAGACGACGCCGCCACGAAAAUCGAAGACUUGCGCACCCUAUUCAUCAACUUCCACCACGUCCUCAACGAAUACCGACCCCACCAAGCACGCGAAUCGGCCAUCGCGCUGAUGCAAUCGAAUCUCGAUCGUACAAGGGCGGAAACGGCUGCUAUUCGAGCACAAGUGGACAAGGCCAAGCGAGUUCUCGAGGGCUUAGGAAGCCUGGAUACACCCAAAGUACCGGAGAUUGUCAGCUUGGUCAUUGAUGGCGAGCUGACCAGCAAGGAAGCGGAUAUGUUUGCUAAGACAAGAGAGCAAGAAGUGUGGGGAGAGGCGGAUGGUUUGUUUCUCUAGCAUUGAGACAAGGUGCGAUUUGUUACAUGGGAAGACAGCGGUAUGGCCGUGUAUCCAUGGGUCUUUGAGCAUUCCAUAAUCUGAAUGUACAGACGGGCUGGCAAGGCGAUGACGGUGACGGUACGGUGGCGAACAAAGGUUCGUGGUGUAUUUGGCAAGCAUUGAUACCCAUACCUUCCAAGAGGGAUGAACCACGAAAAUCGGUGCCAGCGAGACAUGGCAAUGCGAAAGGAAAUGGUGCUACGACACCAGAUCUGAACAGACGACGAUAUAGGCGCUCUUAGUCAGGCUGACACGGGGAAAAUAGCAUUUAACGACGUAGACGAUAGAACAGCCAGAAGCGCAGAUCAUAAAUUCAUGCUCGACCGGCUUCGUGCC